UUUUUCAACAUCUGACCGGAUCACCGGAUUAUAACCUUGAAAGAUCUCGUCUUUAAUGUUAACUCAAUAGAAAUCGAUCUGGUAUUAUUUAUUAUUGUUUUUUUCAUAUUUUAAUACAUAAUUUUUACUUCCGUUUAUCUUAAUAUAUAUUAUCGAAUAAUAUAAUUCACACAUAUAUUCUCAAUUAAGUUCAUAUAUAUAACUUGAAUUGUAACCGACGAGAAACUUUUAGGAGGCUUGGAAACAUACUCGAGAUGGUUUCAAUGAAAUGUAUAAUGAUCUACGGUUUACUGGUGCCAUUCUUUACAAUGGUCACUUUACUCUACAUUCUCGGGGUCGCGAGAUACAUCACCGAUUUUGAAGAGAAUACAUGCGAGAUGACAUACAUGUUCGAAUACCCACAGUAUGUGAGAAUAUCUUUGAACAAUAAUAUAGAGGAGAAAUAUCCGCGAUUUGGACUAUAUGCCUAUGGAGAAGGUUUUGUAACAGAAAAAUUGAGAAGAAUGCAUUUUUCUGGAAUACCAGUUCUUUUUAUACCAGGCAAUGCUGGAUCUCAUGAGCAAGUACGUUCCAUUGCUUCAGUAAGUUUAAGAAAAAGCCGAAAGACUCCCUUCCAUUUUGAUUUUUUCACUAUUUCAUUCAACAAGGAUUAUUCUGCAUUGUAUGGAGGUGUGCUCAUGGAACAGACUGUAUACGUCUCGCAUUGUAUAAAGGCAAUAUUAGCUCUGUAUAAGAAUAAGAUGGAUAGUGUUGUGCUGAUUGGUCAUUCUAUGGGUGGUGUCAUAGCAAAAGGAGCUCUUUUACUAGCGCCAAAUAUGAACGCUUCGUUUGCAAGUAUUAUAAUAAACUUGGCUACACCGCAUACUCCAGCCUUAGUUCUCGAUAAUGUGUUCGCCAAUUAUUAUAAGGAAUUGGAGAAACAUUUGUACAAACUUAAGGAUGCAGGAGUGAAGGUAAUAUCUGUUGGAGGUGGACCGCGCGACAUACUUGUAACCGCUGCGCAAACUUACGAUCGUACGGCAGAUAUAAAUGUCCUUUCCACGAGUGUACCCGCUGUCUGGAAAUCUACCGAUCAUUUGAGUAUUUUAUGGUGUAAACAACUGAUAUUCGUAAUCGUACGUGCACUGUUUGAUGCUGUAGAUCAGUUGAACAAGCCAUUUAAAAUUGCAUCGAAUCCUGAUUUGAAAAUGCAGGCCCUAUCUUAUCAUUUUUUACAACAUAGUUCAGGCAAGAAGCUGUAUCAUUAUAAGGAAAAAGUUCAGUUUAGAAACGAUAGCGAAUGGAUAAAUAUUCCAUCUGAGCAAUAUGUCUGGAGCAAUAAGAAUGGACCUAAAAAAUUGUCUACUGUAUAUCUGGUGGUAGAACUAUUUCACAAAUCCGACUUCCUAACCAUUGAUACGAUAAACUUGGAAAACAAGGAUUGGCUAUUCAUGUGCACAGAAUCCAAGAAGCAAAAUGAAAAAAGAAUUUGUGACUGGGGUUGGAAUUUGACGAAUAAUACAAGAAUUUUAAUAGAUCCUUUAAAUCGGCUGAGAAAAACUGUUGAUUUAGAUCUGAAAGAAAUAAGUUAUAUGGGUAUUACGCAUGUUAUUAUAAGGAUAACCCCAGAAGAUUUGAAUAAACAUCUUACAGUCAGCUUCGAUUCCUAUUAUCACGACACUCGAGUAGAAACUACGAAAAAUAAAUUCUUUCAUCCUAAAUAUCUUUUCGGCUUCUACGGAUCUAAUUUGAUCGAAACCGUCAAGGGAAAUAUAAGAUAUUACGUGACGCUUUCUAACAUUAUAGACGCGGUUACUAUUGAAUUAAAAUCGACAGAUUGCGUCAAACAUCAUGCUGUUGUCGAAUUGCUAGAACCGUGGAAUGCAGGAUCGACUCAAUCGAGAUUUUUCAUGAAUAUGGAUGACGGUCCAAAAACGAUAAAAAUGCAAACUCUUUACGGACGUCGCAACGAAACGGCAAGUUUAAGACUAACAUUAGAUCCAGAGUGCAGUUAUGCGAUUAAUAUUCAACCCAGUGGAAUCAUCGAUAAGAUCUCUUGUAGAAUACGGGAUCGUUGGCCGUUGCUUUAUCUAGCGAUUAUCAGCUUACUUUUACUGUUCGUCUCAAUAAGGAUACAUAGUUCAGACAUGCUACCAACUGUAAUUGUUACAAUAGUAUUGUCUUUUUUUUUCAAUGUUACUUAUGAAGCUUGCAUUGCUUUAUGUAUCAUCAGCAUGUCUGCCCUUGCUGUAUGCUGCUGUGUCAUAUUUCUUGGUUCUGUUGCACAUGGAAUAGCUGUCAAAUUUUUAGCACGUGCAAUAACUUUCUCAACAACAUGGUCAGAUUGGUUACUGAACGGUCUAAACCAGCUACCAUUUAUUACAACUAUUCUCGUAUUAUCCCUAAUUCCAGCAACAUGCGGGGCUCUGGCUAUGGUUGUUUCAGUAUUUUUGUAUUUUUUGAAAUUAACAAGAAUGUACGAAGAUUAUUUGGAGGAGAUAUUAAUGGCCUCGCUGCAGCAUUUUGAGUGGUUUAAACGUUUUAAGAGUGUAAGAGAAGAAAACGAUAGAAACACCAGUCAAAAAAUAUAUAAUCAUCUUAUCUUGUUUCUAUUGUGGACUUUUGCUGCAGUCCCAGCAAUUCCAUCUGUCUUAGUUUGGGCGAAAAAUUUCAGCUACGACAUGAGACUCACUUCAGAAGAUCCUGUAUUUCUAACAAGCUGGAUAAUAUUAACUACGUGUAGUACAUUGGGUAUUGUACACAUCUACCCUAAGAAUGAGGGAAUUUGCUCGCUUAUAUUAAGCAGCGUAUUACGUCUUGCGAGCUGGGUCAUUCUUUCAAUGACGGCAGCUCCACGUCCAUUCUUUUAUCACUGGUGUAUGCCACCUAUCACAGCCGCAGUAGUAACACUCAUCACACUAAAUUCUAUGAUUCCUAAAACUAGUCUAUCUUAUUAAGAAGUAAUAACUUGCAGAAACAUUACGUUUAUGUAAUUCUUCUCACCAUCCAUCAAUAAUUUUGUAUAAAAAGAUCUGAACUCAUAGCCAUGACUAUAUGUUAUUUAAAAUUUAUUAUGUUUCGAAUAUUAGAUUGAGAAAUGUAAAAAGUGUUAUAAUAGUGGCAUACAUGUGAGAGUAUUAUUUUGUACAAAAGUAGUCAAAAUAUGUAAUAUGUAAUAAGAUUCUCUUUAAGGCAGCUUAUUUAACGACACUUUAAGAAUAAUUGUGAUUUAAGGCAGCUUAUUUAACGACACUUUAAGAAUAAUUGUGAUUUAAGGCAGCUUAUUUAACGACACUUUAAGAAUAAUUGUGAUUUAAGGCAGCUUAUUUAACGACACUUUAAGAUUAAUCAGAGGAUGUUUAUAUACUAUAACGCAAGAUUCGAUUCUUGUUGUGAUAUAUGUAGGUAUAGUAUAAAAUAAGUAUACGUAAAUUUAUUUUUGUUGAUAUUAAUAUAAUUUAUUAAUGAAAAAAUCUCGUCAUUAAUUUAUAACAUUAUUUAAUAACAAUAUUAUAUAUACAGUAUUUAGCUAUGUUAUCUAAAUUAUUAUUUUGUACGUUUGCUCAUAUGGCUGUAACAAUGCCUCUUUAUAUGCAUCAUUGUUAUUAAAAUUUCGAUUUCAUUUUAUAUAUAUAAAUAUAUCUCUCUUUUCUGCAUAGAAAAUAGCUUAUUCUACAAAUGUAGCUCCAACAUCUAUGUUUUCUACACUGUACACACAUAUCUGUUUUUUGGAAAUAGGGUGUAUCCCAUAAUUUGCAACCAUGCCCAUUUCAUGUCGCAAAAAAUCUACUAUUUUUUCCGCUAGAGUUUUAUUAUUUGCAUGUACUUCUGGAUGCUGCAUGAAUUCAGUCAACUGGGGAAAAAGACUUGAUAUUUAUAAAACAGUUAUAUAACAAUUUGAGAUAAAACAUGCUGUGCAUUAUAUUAGUAUAUUGCAGUACAAUUUAAUAUAUUGAACAAUUGUGAUAUAUUUUGUUAAAAUUAUAUAUAAAUAUAUCUUGGUUUGGAUUU